AUGAGCAGCGUCGACGACAUCAUCGAGGACGACGACGACGAGUACUUGGAGGACUUCGACGCCUCGCCCUUGAAGCGCGCGAACACCGAGGAGGUCGGAGACGCGUACUCGGAGGACGGCUUCGACGCUGACGGAGACGUGCCGUCGUUGCGCCGCGUCGCCACGGAGGAGGUCAUCGGAGAACCGAGCGAGGGCGACGGCUACGACGACGACUUCGGCGCGGAGAAGGAGGAACAGGCGUUUUCGCCCGAGGACGAGGAUGCCUACGCGGAGGACUUCGUCGCCGAGCGACCCUCUGUCGCGCCGCCGGCCGACGACGCGGACUACGCCGACGAUGACUUCGACGUCGCUUCUCCCGCGCCGCCGAAGCCGGACGACGCCGAGGCGUACGAGGAUGACGCUGGAGCCGACGCGGGCCGACCGCCGUCGCCGCAGCCGAGCGUCGAGCUGCCCGUGUCCGUCGAGGAGCCGACGCCCGCCGCGCCGGAGCCGUCCGCGGGCGGCUAUUCGGAGGCGUUCGACAGUGACGCGCCGCCGGCGACGCUCGUGGAGAAGUCGAGCCAGCGCUACGACGAAGAAGAGUUCGAGCCCGUCGCGGUCGUCGAGGCGACUUCUACGUACCAAGAAGAAGAGUUCGAGCCCGAGACCCCCGUGGCGACGACCGCGUCGCCGCGCUGGGCGUCCGGGUCCGGCGCGGCGGCGGCCGCCGCGGCGGCGUCGCCCGGCUGGGCCGCGACGACGACGCCGGCGCCCGACGCGGCCGCGCGCGCGGCUCCGCCGUCGGCGCCGCGGCCCCAGUCCGCGAAGACGCGGCGCCAGGACGAGCCCGCGGCCGCGCGGCGCCUCGAGCCGUCCGCGUCGACGCCCGCGUCGGCCUUCGCGGCGUCGGCGCCCGCGGCCAAGGCCGCGGCGCGCGCCGGCCCGCGGCCCCAGUCCGCGUCGGCGUCCGCGCGGUCGCCGGCCGUCGUCGCCGCGGCGGAGUCGAGCCCCGAGCGCGACGAGGCCAUGGACGCGCUUUUAGCGAAGAUCGCGAGCCUCGAGGCGCGCCUCGACGAGCGCGAGCGCGGCGAGCGGCGCGCGGGCGCCGCGUCGGCGAAGCCCGCGGCGAAGCGGAAGAAGAAGCAGCGGCCGCGGAGCGCGCCGCGCCGCGUCUACCGGCCCGCGAGCCCGGUCGCGGAGCGGCGCAGGGCCAAGGCCAAGGCCCACGGCCCCGUGCGCGCCUGGGACGACCGCUUCGAGGAGAAGGAGCCCCAGACCGUGCGCCCCGUCGCCGUCGGCGCGGCGCUGCGCCACGUCCGCGCGGUCGCGGCCGCGGGCGACCAGCCCGCGGAGGCCGGGGGCGCGGCGCCCGUCUUCCGCGUCGUCGUCCACAAGCAGAAGAAGCCGCCGGCGCCGUCGACCUACGACGCGUCGACGGGCCACCGCGUCAACGCCAAGGACUACGAGGCGUCGCUCGCGUUCAAGGUCACGUCGACGAGCAAGCACGCGACCACGAUGUCCGAGCUCGGCCUCGAGGUCGGCAAGAACGGCAGUCUGAAGGUCAACAAGGCCAAGGCCAAGUGGACCGACGCCUCCGCCGCGCGCCUCGUGGCCGCGGGCGCCAAGCCCUACGAGCGGCCACCGCCCGCGUCGCCGCCGAAAAAGGUGCCCGCGGGCUACCCGACGACGGCGCUGCAGCAGUCCGCGCGCCACUACGUCGACCGCUGCGCGCGCUGGCAGAAGAUCGAGAGCGGCGGCAAGUACGGCCGGCUCCUCGCCGCCGGCGACUUCAAGGGCGCCGCGGCCAUCGAGCCGCGGCGGCCCUUCGACCCGUCGAAGUCGCCGGCGAACGAGCCGCGGACGUGGAAGGCCUACAAGAAGCUCCGGCGCUGGGACGCGCUCGUCACCGUCGAGGCCAUCCCGAACCGCGGGCGCCAGCUGUCGACGCGCCACGACCCGAGCCGCUACGCCGCGGAGGCCGACAAGGCCGCGCGGGCGGCGCUCGACGCGCUGGGCGCGUGGGGCGUCCGCGCGGCGUCCGUCGUGUCGCUCGUGGAAUCGCCGGCGAACAGCGGCGACAAGAAUCGCGUCGGCGCGCUGGAGGUCCAGGUCGCCGUCGUCACGGACGCGGACGCGGGGCCGCGAACGAAGGUCGUCUUCUCCAAGAUCGCGCGGCGCACGUGGCCGUCCGAGUCCUACGUCAAGAGGCGCGUCGACGAGUUCCUCGGCGCCGUCGGCGCCUUCAGCGCCGCGGACGCGCGGAAGACGCUCGAGGACGCGCCGUCGGCGCCCUGGCCCGAGGACGGCGAGCUGCCCUGGGACUGGGACGGCGACAACCGGCCCGCGCCCGACGCGCGGCCCAAGCUCCCGGACGUGCCCCAGUUCGUCGAGGCGAAGCGCAACGGCGGCGCCGCGGCCCUCUUCAACAACGUCUACAACGCGCCCGCCGCCGAAACGCCGCCGGACGACGCCGACGACGACGCGCUCAUGGCCGGCGGCGCGGACGAGACGGCCUUCGACAGCCCGCGCGCGGACGACGAGCCCCCGGAGCCCGAGCCGGCGGCGGCGGCGGAGCCGGAGCCCGAGGAGGCCGAGGAAGACUUCGACGAGCCCGCGGCGCCCGAGAUCACGACGCCCGCGCCCGAGCCCGCGAAGCCGCCGGCGCCCAAACAGCCGGCGCCCGAGCCCGCGGCGGCCAAGCCGGCGCCCGAGCCCUCCGCGACCAAGCCGGCGGCGUCCAAACAGCCGGCGUCGGAGCCCGCGGUAGCUAAGCCCGAGGCGACCAAGCCCGCGGCGAGCGAGCCGGCGGCGCCACAGCCCGCGGCGGCCAAGCCCGCGACGCCACAGCCCGCGGCGGCCAAGCCCGCGGCGCCACAGCCCGCGGCGGCUCAGCCCGCGGCGAUCAAACCAGCGGCAGCUCAGCCCGCGGCGCCCCAAGAGCCCGCGGCCGAGCCCGCGGCGCCCAAGGCGGCAGCCGAGCCCGCGGCGCCCAAGCCCAAGCAGCAGCCGGAGGCGGCGGCGCAGGCGACCCCGACGAAGGCGCCGCCGGCGGAGGACGCGGACGACGAGGACGAGAACGACGCCUACGACGAGCCCGACUUCGACGAGCCCGCGGCGGCGGAGCCCGCGGCGGUGGCGCAGACCGCAGCCGCGCCCGAGCCCGAGCCCGAGCCCGCCGCGGCGGCGCAGACCGAAGAACGGACCGAGGAACCUACCAGGGCGUCGUCUACACGGGCCCCGCGCCUGCCGCGAAGAGGCGAGGAGGACCACGAGGCCGCGGACGCGGCGCCGGCGCCCAUCGUCGUGCCGGACCACGAGAAGGAGCCCUUCGCCGAGGUCGGCGCGCCCCGGGGCCGCUUCCAGACCUUCAAGUUCAAGGGCUUCAACAAGGCGACCAAGGGCGAGAAGAUCCGCGGCGACCGCCUCGCGCCCGUCGAGCCCGCGAAGAUCUCCGAGGCCGAGCCCGAGCCGGAGCCCGAGCCGGAGCCCGAGGCGCCGAGCCUGGCGUACAAGCAGCUCAUGAAGUACACGGCCAAGGAGCGGGAGAAGGUCGAGCACAAGCCGAAGAAGGAGGCGCCGCGCGAGAAGAACGCCGCGGGCAAGCUCGUGGACUACUUCGCGGCCCACGGCUACGCGUCGCUCGCGCCCUGCGCGCCGGCGCUCGUCGAGGACGGCUUCGACACGCUCGAGGCGCUGUCGACGCUCACGGAGGAGGACGCGCUCGCACUGCCGAACGUCCGCCGCGGCCACGCGAAGCUCCUCGCCGUCGUCGCGAAGCGCGUCGCCAACGACCUCGCCGAGGCGGCCCUCGCGGGCGACGCGCCGGCGGAGGCGGACGAGGCCGGCGCGCCCGCCAAGGCCGCGGACGACGGCGACGACGACGCCGACCGGCCCGCGCGGAAGACCGUGCGCCCCUUGAAGGGCAAGAAGCACAACAAGCGCUUCGUCGAGCCGGAGAAGGUCAAGCCGCCCGAGCCCGAGCCCGAGCCCGAGGAGGACGCGGAGAUCGAGUACGUCGCGUCGCCGUGGGCGCUGAAGAAGCCGGACAAGCCGAAGAAGAAGAAGCCCGAGGAAAAGCCCCAGGAGCCCGAGCCCGUGCGCGAGGAGUUCGACCCGUCGACGGCCGCGCGCGGCGCGAAGACGCGGCCCGAGAGCGGCCGCCGCGAGCGGCGCAAGUCGCGCGAGGACGCGCCGCCGAAGCCGAGCCCGCGCGACGAGCCGGACCCGCGGCCGACCGCGGAGGAGGUGGCCCGGAUCGACGGCGCCGUCGAGGCCAUCCGCGCGGCGCUCGGCGGCAUGGAGGACCUCGAGGCGGCCCUCGCGGGCCUCGCGGACGCCGAGGACGGCAAGGUGUCCGCCGCGGGCUUGCGGCGGCUCGUGAAGAAGCGCGGCCUCGAGGACCCGACGCCGGCGGUCCUGGAAGCGCUCCUCACGGCCGUCGACAUCGACGGCGACGGCGCCGUGCCGCCCCAGGACGCCGCGGUCUUCGCGCGGGGCCAGGUGCCCGGCGGCGAGGGCCUGGGCACCCUGUGGCGGUCCGUGCGCGCGGUCGUGUCCGCCACCAAGUACGACGUCACGCGCCUCGAGGAGCAGCUCUUCGCGAAGUACGACGCCGACGCCGAGGGCCACAUCUCGCUGAAGAAGUUCCGGAGCACGCUGGAGAAGGUCGCGAAGAAGACGAGGGAUUUAGAUCUCGACGGCGCGGACUGGGGCCUCGUCCAGGCCAUCUGGGGCGUGCCCGACCGCAUCGACUACGUCACCUUCUGCUCCUGGCUGAACCCGACGAAGACGUCGAAGCUCAAGGCCAAGGCGAGCCGCCUCGCGGUCAAGGCCUGCAAGGAGAGCGGCGAGACCGACGGCGACUUCUGGACGCAGCUCUGCAUGCGCCACGCGCCGCCCGCGGAGGCCCAGGUGCUCCGGCGCCUGAGCCAGCCCCAGCUCAAGGACGCCUUGGUGUCCCUGGGCUGCGGCGGGCUCACGGACGCGGACGCGCGCGCGGUCCGCGUCGCCUACGCGCGCGCGUCGCCGUUCUUCGGCUGGGAGGCCUUCGAGAUGCUCCUCUACGACGGCCGCAAGAAGAAGAAGAAGCAGGCCAUGGAGGAGGAGGAGGACCCCAUGCUACGCAAGGAGCGCCGCAAGUCCAAGGCCAAGGCGAAGAAGAAGGAGCGCAAGGGCGACGAGAACGACGAGGGCGACGCGGGCCCGGGCCUCUCGUCGCUCGGGGGCGCGCCCAAGCUUACGUAA